AUGCAAGAUACCAAGUAUUACGAACCAACAAACAUUUUUCGUCAACCAGCCAUUAAUAUCAAAAAGCGGUCAGAGAAAAAGAAAGUUUUACAGUCAAUUACAACCUCAUCCACAUAUAAAAAAUCGUGGCAAAAUAAUACUUCAAAAAUGAACUCACCCAUUUUACGAAAGGCAUCCGAUAACUUCAAUGACUUUUACACAACAAAAAAAUUAAGAUCUGAUUACUGGAAAUUAUACGGUAUUGAUGAAGAGGAGCAGUUCAUACCUUCAGAUAUCUCUAUCGUGGACAACAUAGUCCUAGUAUCCACAAUGAGCGAUAAAGAUAACUUGAAACUCUUCGAAAUUUCCAGCGUUAAAAAACUAAAGGAGUUACAAACAAUCAGUGUUCCUGGCACACCCAUUACUUGUAUUUGCUUAUUACCUAUGGCAGAUUUCUCACCUAGUGUUUUCCGUAACCCUCGGAUAAAUUCUAGCCAUGAUCAAUUGAUCUUGACGGGUCAUCAAGACGGUGUGGUUAAUUUGAUAUCUACUUCGAUAUAUAAGGGUUGUGCGAAGAUAAUAAAAAGGUUUAACCAUAAUAAGUUCCUGAAGUCUACCGUGUCAUCAUCAACGCCGAUUCUAGAGAUAUCACCAAAGACAGCACCGAUUUUAAAGGUUUCGCCAUGGAACAAAACUGGUUUUGUUUCCCUUUUAAAUGAUUCUUUAUUCAUAUACGAUUUGAAAUCGAAUACGAAUUCAAUGAAAACACCUAUAUUUUUGCAGUCAUACCCAGGUAUAAAUUCCUUUGCUGUUAACGACUUUUACGAUCCAUUCUUAUUGGCUUUGGUUGGUUCAAAGUUUGGCCCAAACGGUGUCUCGCUGCUCGAUCUAAGGACAAACUUAUACAUUCCAGAUAUUUUAGAUAAUAACACUGUGACUGGAACAAGUGAAGACCACUUGCGAAGGAAAAACACGAGUUUGGAUUGUGUCUGGAUAGAUAAUCAUUACGUUGCGCAGGGUUUGAACGAUAAAAUUCAAAUUUGGGAUAUUCAGUCUUGCGACAGCAAACCUGUUUGUGAACUGAAUGCGAAUAAAGGGUACGUUGAAAGAAUAAAAUUUGAUAAAAAGACAGGUUUGUUGUAUAGCAGUGACGACCAGGGGUUUGUUAUUUGCUGGGAUUUGCAAAAUUUACACAAUAUGAAAUAUGGGGAAUUAAUUCAUGGGUUUAACUCAAUUAACCUAGAAGGGAUAAACGAAACAUUGUUAACCAAAGAAGUCUUUCAAUGUGGUAAUAUUAUUGUAAGCGGUGUGGAUAAUAAAAAAAUAUGCUUAGAGAGCAAUGAGACUUCGCUCAAGGGAACAGGGUGUGGUUUUUUGUUCUUGGAGACGACGAAUGAGGGAAGUUUAAUAACUCUCGACAACUUCUGUGAACUGGGAUUACAUCAAAUCUGUCAAGUGAAAUACAACGUCAACACUGGUAAACCAAUCGACAUUGACGAUACUGCAAAUAACGAAAUUUCUGAUUCAUCCGUUUUAUUAUGUUGUAAUGAAAGCGAUCAAAGUCUCACGGAUAAUUCAGACGAUAUGUUCUCAAAUAAUGGUAAUUGGGAUUGCUCUUCAGCAAAUACUAUUGGUGAAGGUAGAUUGCACAGUGACCAAGAAGAUGUUGUUCUUACGAAAAGGAUAUAUUCCAUGAAUGACAUGUAUUUAAGCGGGUCUACUAUUGACGCCACUGCUAUAUAA